CUGGAGGACCUGCUUCCUGUUUUCCUCCUGAAAGAUGGUGCCCUGUUUACCACGUACAACGACGUCGUUACUCGGGAGCGGCUUGUGUGGGACAACAGGCACCGACACGCGGACCCGGGGAGCGUGAGGAGGAGGAGGAGGAGGAGGAGGGGGAGGACGGAGCCGCGGUGCCGGUGCCGGUGCCGGGCGGGCUCACCACCAUGCUCCUGCACCAGCUGCCAGAGGAUGUCCUCUAUCACGUCUUGUCUUAUCUGGACUACAGGUCGCUCAGUCGUCUCUCACAGGUCUGCAGGAGCAUCUGGAGCUUCGUGAACCGGGACACUGUGUGGAGGAGGGUCGCCAAAGAGUUCCUCAACACCGGGAUCCGUCGGGACGGGACGGACAUAUAUCCUCACAUCCCACUGAAGGAGCGAGUGAAGAUAGCACAAAACUGGUAUGAUGGUGUCUGCAAAAGGGCAAUUCCUCUCAGAUGGAAAACAAAACUGUUACCAUGGUUGCAGCUGGAUGGGGAUGUACUGUUUCUGUCACAGGCUGCAGAUAUUCGUGCGUACCGUUUGCGCCAAGGGAGGCCGCAGCGCAACCCGUUUAAAAUCUACUCGGGCCAUGACGGUGAUGUGUGUCACUUUGUUCUGACGGACUCUCACCUGAUCAGUGGUGGAAGUGAUGGCAAGAUCCUGGUCCACAGUAGGACAACUGGCACGGUGAUGGAGUUAUCAGGUCAUAACCAGGAAGUCAACUGCCUGGACUCAAAGGACGGACUCAUCAUCAGCGGUUCCAGAGACCGAACAGCCCGGAUUUGGACUUUGAAUUCCAGCUGCCUUAGAGACACAAUUCCACUGCAUGACAGAGUUUGGUCUGUUGCUCUCAAUCCCACACUGAGCUCGUUUGUAACAGGAACCGCCUGCUGCGAGAACUUCUCCCCUCUUCGCAUCUGGGAUGUGGAACGGUUGGAGUGUGUGUGCAAUCUGGGCUCAGAGUUCCGUCGCGGCGCCGGUGUGUUGGACAUCGCGUUUGAGUCUCCGUUCCAGCUCUUCACGUGCGGCUACGACACCUUCAUCCGACUAUGGGACCUCCGACUCAGCCCGCGGAAGUGUGUGAUGGAGUGGGAGGAGCCUCACGACAGCGCUCUGUACUGCAUCCAGACGGACGGGAACCACAUGAUCGCCAGCGGCUCCUCGUACUAUGGGGUCGUGAGACUGUGGGACAAACGGCAAACCAAAUGCCUGCAGUUCUUCCAGCUGAGCUCCGAUCCAGUCAGCAGCCCCGUGUACUGCCUGAGAUUAAGCAGCGCUCACCUGUAUGCCGCCCUGGCCACUGCCCUGUACUCACUGGACUUUAAACAGAGCCCCAUCUACAUCAGAUGAUACUAGACAUUAUUUAAUUUUAUCAGCUCCAUGAAGAAGACAUUUUCACAAUAAAGGUUUUUAAAUUUUGAA